CCACAGUCCACCAGCGAAUGAACAGCAUCUCUCUGCACGGCUUCACAGAUCCUUUUGCAGAAAGGAAAGAUGAAGCUCUUGGUAUGGCUCGGUGCUCUCCUCUGCCUCUUUGCCUGUCAUCUCAGUGAGGCCAGAGUCAUCCCAGAAGGAGUUCCAUAUGAAGAACCUCCAGCUGUCCCCUACUGGCCCUACUCCACCUCUGACUUCUGGAACUACAUUGAAUACUUCAGAUCCAUCGGCGCCUACAACCAAAUCAACGAGAUGGCCCGGGCCUUCUUUGCCCACCAGCACCUCGGAGACACCCUGGGAUAUGAGACCACCGAGGGACAUGAACACUGAGAGGGAGCUAAUGGCGCCAGGAUUUAGAGGAAGGGGGCAGAAAGGGGACUCUUGAGAUGUUAAAAAAGAGUAUCAGACGUCAGAGAGAGGGAAAAUGAGUUACUAAAUUAAUGUAGGGUAUACAUAACAUGUGAUAUGCUAAAUGAAGUGAAUACUUGCAGUUUUUCUUUUCCCAAGUAUCACUGCUGUUAGUUUAGACAAUAAUCAAAAUGUAGAGUUAUAGAUCUUUUAUAGCAGAGUAUGUAAUCCUUAUAAUGAAUCAAAAAUGAAUA